AUGAGUGUAUUUAUUAGAAGAGUUUCAGGAUAUGGACAGAAGGAGCAAAUUUCCAGGUUUAUUAAUGCAAAUAUCACAAGCCAGUUUGAGACAAGAUACACCUCGGGUCAAGCCAAGGCAGGACCCCUCCUCAACAUCCUUUACCCGUUUGAACACCUCGAGGUCCAACAUUCUGAUGGAGAUCAAGGAUUCAAGGAAACUGAAGUGGCCUCCCAGAUUGCGGUCUCCUCUGAUAUUCGUGACAGGAGUAAGUACUGUGAUUUCCAUAGAGAUCAUGGACAUACAACGGAAGACUGUUUGGCCUUGAAGCGGAAGAUUGAAGCUCUUAUAAAAAGGGGAUUUUUGGGCUCUUAUGUUAGCAAUGACAAGCGCCCGAGGAAUAAUCAGAAUGGAGACAAAGGCUCAGAGGGUCGAGGAAACAAGCAACCAACUACAGGUACUAUCAAUAUCAUUUUUGAAGGAAUGACCUCAGGGGGAGAUUCUAGCAACGGGCGUAAACAAUAUGCCAGGCAGCCUCCAAUCAUCUCAAGAUCAGAUCUUGGUUGUACAGAGGACAUCACUUUUGGAACUGAGGACUUGGAAGGCAUAACAUUCCCUCAUGAUGAUGCUCUAGUCAUAUCGGCCAUCAUCGCCAACUUUGAAGUCUAG